GUUCACUCGCUGUGAGUUUAUCCGUUUGAGGAAGUCUGACUGAGAGAGAACAUGCCUGAACCCGCCAAGGCCCCGAAGAAAGGCUCAAAGAAAGCCGUGUCUAAGGUCACCAAGAGCGGCAAGAAGAGAAGGAGGAGCAGGAAGGAGAGCUACGCCAUCUACGUGUACAAGGUCCUGAAGCAGGUCCACCCCGACACCGGGAUCUCCUCCAAGGCCAUGGGCAUCAUGAACUCGUUCGUGAGCGACAUCUUCGAGCGCAUCGCCGGUGAGUCCUCCCGUCUGGCUCACUACAACAAGCGCUCCACCAUCACCUCCAGGGAGAUCCAGACCGCCGUCCGCCUGCUGCUGCCCGGGGAGCUGGCCAAGCACGCCGUGUCCGAGGGCACCAAGGCCGUGACCAAGUACACCAGCUCCAAGUAAAAACCCUCCGCUGUUAACAGCAACACAACGGCUCUUUUAAGAGCCACACACCGCUUCAACUCAAGAGCUCAAAGUCCUGGAAGAUUAAUGUUUACACAAAGCUGUGGAGCUGGUUUCAUUUAUAUUAAUGUGAUAAUUAUAUAAUGAAAAUAUUUUAAUCUAUUAAACAGUUAAUCAUUAAUUCUCUGUGCGGUAAAAUAGUCCCAUCGUUUUUAUUCUGGGUGAUUUAUGUUAUAAAAGAUUGUAGUAAUACAAACACUUAUAAAGGAUCGAUUUCAUUUAACUGCCUAUAAUUAUAGAUUAAUGCUAUCAAUGGGUAUUGAUCUGAAAUUGAAGGUACAGUAUUUAUUUUCACCACAAGGUGGCGACAGUCACUGUUCUAUAUUAUAUUUAUCUUUAUACUGAAGGUUAUUAACUAUAUUAUCAGUUUCUCCAGGAUUUUUUUAUUAUAUUAAAUAUCUGAUUACACACAUACUGUAAAAAUAGUUGCUAUAUUUAUAUUAAACUAAUAAAAUCAAUAGCAACUUUGAACAUUGCUGAUUAAAGUGAUAACUAUUGCUUUUAGUGAUUAAAACUGACAGUUAAAAAU